AACUAAGUGUCAAAUAUUGUGUACUUGUGUCCGUGUAUCAGUGUUAUUUUGAAUUGUUAAUAUUUGUUAAUUAUUUAGAAUUUGGAUUAAACAUCACUGAACUGAACUUGUAGGUUUGUAGGCUUAACUGAUUUGGUUUGGUCCCUCGAUAUACAUAAUGGCUGACGACGAGCAAGAUACUAAAGAGUACCGGUGGGAAACAGGUUAUGAGAAGACUUGGGAGGCUAUUAAAGAAGAUGAGGAUGGUUUGGUGGAAGGGUUGGUGGCGGAGUUUGCACAGAAAGCAGCUCGUAAGGCCGUUGUUCCUCGCCGUGGACCUGUCAGGCUGGGAAUGAUGAGACAUGUUCUCGUGGCUGUGGAUUGUUCUGAAGCCAUGAACUCACAGGACCUUAAGCCGUCCCGAUUUCUUUGCACCUUAAAACUACUGGAAAAGUUCAUAGAGGAGUACUUUGACCAGAAUCCAUUGAGUCAACUUGGUUUAGUUUUGAUGAAAAAUAAAAGAGCAGAGAAACUGACAGAACUGUCUGGUAAUGUUAGGAAACAUUUAAAAGCAUUGCAAGGUUUGACAGACAUGGCUCUUACUGGUGAGCCAUCAUUACAAAAUACGUUGGAGUUCGCCGGUCGAGUCCUCAAGCCCUUACCUGCACAUGCAUCAAGAGAGCUGCUAGUGCUGUUUGCAUCACUCACUACUUGUGAUCCCGGAGAUAUAAACACCACUAUACAGGCUUUGAAAACAGAAGGAAUAAGAUGUUCAGUGAUUGGUUUGGCAGCAGAAGUAAGGAUAUGUAAAAAGUUGUGUCAAGACACUGGCGGAGAAUAUGGGGUGGUGUUAGAUGAUGUCCACUAUCGUUCCCUGUUACUAGACUCCACGAGUCCGCCACCAAGGGCGCGGGCGUUGGACGCAGGUCUCGUCAAGAUGGGCUUCCCACAUUCAGCUCCACAGACCAACCAGACUGACCCCGGGACCAAUGCAGAUCCACCCAUCACUGUUUGUAUGUGUCAUCUAGACGACGGUGAAGGUGUGGGCGGUGAAGGGCACCUGUGUCCGCAAUGUCGCAGCAAGUAUUGCUCGCUGCCCGCCCAGUGCCGGACCUGUGGACUUACCUUAGCCUCGGCGCCUCAUCUAGCCAGAUCAUAUCACCAUUUGUUCCCUGUUGAGCCGUAUGAGGAAGUGGCGUACGAGGGACAAGCCCAAUACUGCUUUGCCUGCCUUAGAAACUUUACAGAUAUUGACAAACAGGUGUAUAGAUGUGGGCGGUGUCACGAGUUCUACUGCUGGGAGUGCGAGAGUGUAGUCUCGACGACUCUACACGUAUGUCCUGGCUGCGCGUCACGACCUCAUCUCUACCAAAGACUGCCUGACUCUUCAUGACCGCACCCUACGAGAAUCUAAAUAACAUUAAUUAUUUUUUACGUAUCUGUUUGAUGUGGUUACUCAACUAGUUUCGACCCAUGCCUGGGGCGCAUGGAUCAAAACUGCGAUGUGCGUUGCGGACCCAACUCAAAAUAUUUGUCACACUAGAGUUAUAUUACAAGAACUAAACUGUGGUAAUAACCUUAUGUGUGUGUGUAAAGUUUCUGAUAAUUUUGUAUUAUAUAUGUUUACUGUGAUGAAUUAAAAAUGAUAUUGUUAUAAA